AACCCUACGCUUCUUCCCUUGUUCCUCUUCCUCUUUCUCGCUUCCUUCCCCAAAGCCGAACAAUGCAAGGCAACCGCGACGAUGGCCGCGGUGGUUCCAGCGGAUACCGUCCUCCGGCGAUGCCGCAUCUUCCUCCUCUCUAUUCGAAUUUCAUCGUCCAACAGCAACCCCAUAUACACCCUCUGUUCCAGUAUCCGGCGAAUUUCCAACGCCCUAACGUCGCCGGAUUCUCUGGUUUCCCCUUCGGGAACCCUAGUUUCCAUAGUCAGCAGAAUCUGAGCUUCCCUCCUCGUCCAAUCCCUAGCUUUCCUCCCGACCAAUUCGGCGGCGGCGGCGGUAAUGUUUUCCAUCAAAGCCGUGGACCGAACUUCUCUUUCACUUCUCAGCCGCCGUCGAUCAGUGUAGGCAACGCUCGUAGCAGUGGGUCUCAACCCCAUGGGGGGAGCGUUAACGUGAACGUGAAUGCGAACUCUUCAUCGAAACGAAAACGACAAGAGGAAGGUAAGCGAACUGAUAGGGCUGUGAAGGAGGCGUGUGAACCUACGCGUGCUGCUGGAGAAAGCGCAUCUUUGGUUAUAGUGCCUCAACUCCCGUCGAACGAUGUAGGGAUUAGUGAUGGUGGUGGGUCUCAGAAUCGUGGUAUGGAAGGAGGUUUGGAGAAGUCUUCCUCGAAAGCCAAGCGAAAAGGGGAUGUACAGAGAAUCGCUAAGGCUGUGAGCGAGGCUCGUAAAGCUAUGGUUGCGGCCGGAGAAAACGUAUCUUCGACUAGAGUGUCGCAAUCGGUUCUGUCGGAGUUAAAGGCCGAUUCUUGGCGCUCUUUGGGGAUGCAGAUGCAGGACGUUCCUUCUCUUCGCCAGCUUAUGGCCAUUGAAGGCAAGAUAAACGCUUUCAUUCACUGUUUCGUUGGGGCUAGAAAGAUUGUGACACUGCAUGAUUUGGAAGUGGCAAUAUGCAGAAGCGAGUUUGUUGAUUGUUUUGAUGAUCUAGAUUUGGGGCCCUUGCGACAGCAUCCACUUGUCUUGCUCUAUUUUCCAUUCUUGUCCGGUGAUAUUGGUCCCGUUCAGAUCACUAGUGAGGAGAUAAUAUCAUUUCUUGAUAGCUUUCUGGCUACUCAUGAGCAAGAUGAUGUUAAGCUUGAUGAAUUUCUCAAUUUUGUUGCCAAGAAAAAAUCAGUUGUGAGCAAGGAAAAUCUUGGUGUGCGUAUUCAGAGCUUGGGGAUGUAUGUUUCUUUUAUUCGGGAUGCCAAGAGAGAAGAAGGGCAAACUUUAAAGAUUUUAUUGACAGAAUUGCACCAGAAGUACUGCAUCCUCUCAUCAAAGAAACACCAGGAAGAUGAUAGAUCCCGUACUAUCUCUGAGCGCGUUGAGUCAUUUUCUUUUCGGAACAAGAGUUUUUGUGGCAAGCACAUAAGAUUUGAUUCAUCGAGCUCAGAUGAAGAAGAUAGUAUUGCGUACGAUGCAAAAACUGUUAGUAGUUCUAAUCAUGCCAGUACUUGUCCAUAUCCAUCUGUUGCAGAAGAGAUGAAACGGCUUGGGUGCUCCAACAAAAAAAGGAAGGCUGGAACUCUUAGUCCUAACAGAAAUGAGUUGUCAAAAUCGAGUGGGAGGUGUCCCUCUAAAGUACGUAAGGGACAUGUGAAACAAGAUGUUUCUAAAUCAGCUAAUGAUUGUGAUAAUGAGGAGGUUCACAGUGCAGAUGAGGCUGAUUUCACACUUUCUGAUGGGGCAUUGAAAUUGUUUAUUUCAACAUGGAAGGACACAUGUAAAGAGCUCAGCGUGGCUGCGGCGGUUGAGAAAAUGUUGCGGUUUUACAACUUUGGGGACGAAACCAAAGCUCAAAGGAAGAGAGCAAAAGUUAUGUCAUCAUUUCCAUUUGUUGAACUACUAAACGUGAUGGUAAUAUCGAUGAAACACGGAAUGUGGGAUAGCAUUUAUGAUAAUUUAAAAAAUAUCAGCCUAGAUGAUAUGGCUAAUCCAGAUUCUGGAACUGAAAUCUGUGAUACUAAGCCAAAUGAAAAACACGAAUCAAACAAUAGCCUGCAUGUUGCGUCUGGAAAACCAAGUGUCAGAGUUGAAGAAAUUAUCAGAAGGAUUUCGUUGUACUUUGACCGUGAACUUUCUGGAGAGAAGUACCUUAAUAUUUUUAACAGGCUACACAAUUGUGGGCUGUUUUUGGCAGAGCAAUUUCAAGUACAUGACUUUGAGUCCCUUGGCUGGGGUGGGUUUUUCAAUUUCCUAGAAAAACAUUUAUCCAUGCUACCUAUUCAGCUGCAGAAAUUUCUUUCUAGAGAAAUGUGUGAAGGGUUUCCACUGGAGGUCCUCAUGCAUGAGAAUGUGUUGACCGCCUUACUAUCUCAAGCUUCUGAAUUUUCAAGUAGUAAUGUUAUUUCGAAGCAGAUGGUUUCUGCAUUGCUUGCAAGACAAUUUCCAUCAAACGAUCUCAAAGUGGUAGAAAAAGACUUAAUAGAAAAUUUCACUGAUAUUAUUGGUAGCUACAAGAACAACAUACUUCCUAAACGUGUUCUGUUUUCUGCUACAUUGUUGGGAGCUGAAAACUUGUUGGGUUGUGGAGGUAAGGAUGCAGAAGAAUCCUCAUCAGUGGAAACUGAUAUUGAAUCAAGAGCCAGCCCUCUCAGUUCUGUUGCGUCAAAAGAUGCACUUGAUGUUUUGCUUAGGGCACCACUAUUAUCAGACCUGAACUCUUGGUGCCACUGGGAUCUUAGGUUUGCCCCAUCUCUUGGUCCUCUUUUGGGGUGGUUGUGCAAGGUUAAUUUGAAAGAGCUAUUGUGUCUGGUGACGAGGGAUGGUAAUGUUAUCCGGGUGGAUCCUUCUGCUACAGUGGAUUCGUUCUUAGAGGCUGCUCUUCAGGGUUCUGCUCAUGGCACUGCUGCACAAUUGUUGUCACUGAUAUCAUUGAAUGGAGAGAAACAUCUUCCAUUUUCCCUUCUAAAAUGUUAUGCAAAACGUGCAUUUGAAGUUAUUUUUAAUAACCAUUUUGAGGAGGUGGAACUAUAUUAUGAUAGGAAAUCCUUCGUGCCCGUGCAAGGGCCGGUAAAGCUCAGUGGUGCUUCGAAGGUGGAAGUUGAAGAACAAAAAACUAAAUUGGAGAAAUCUGGCUAUGCUGCUUCAAAGUUUCUUCUUGAUUGUCUUGGCCAUCUGCCAGCUGAGUUUCGCGGUUUAGCUUCUGAUGUCUUGCUGUCUGGCCUCCGAUCUGUGAUUAAAGAUGCUCCUGUCAAAGUGUUGUCAGCAUGUGAGCAAACUGAGCAGCGAAUCAUGCUGCAUGAUGCUGGAUUAUUGCUAGGCAUAGUUGAGUGGAUCAACGAUUACCACUGUUUUUGCUCUUCAGAUACUUCCAACUCUGGAAGAAUGGAAAAUGCUUCAUCCAUCCCAGAUUCUUGUACAAAUGUUGGGCAAAAGGAUUUUAUGGAACUUUCUCAAACUGAACAACGACAUAUGAUCGUACCAGAAGAAUCUCUAGAACCUUGUUCCGUAACUGGUGGUUUGGAAGCCGUUGAUGAUUCUGUUAGCAUGACUGUCAUCCAGAUGACACCUGAAUUUUAUGAUCCCCCUGCCUCUGUCAUUGAUUCAAUCAGGCGGGAUGAGUUCGGUCUAGAUUCAAAUUCUCCGGGUGCAGAGAAUAGCAUGUUGCAGAAGCAGCAUGCUCGCUUGGGAAGAGCACUACAAUGUUUGUCCCAGGAAUUGUAUUCUCAGGAUUCACACUUUAUCCUUGAACUUGUUCAAAAUGCUGAUGACAAUAGGUAUCCUGAACUCGUGGAACCAACACUGGCAUUCUUUCUUCACAGGACUGGAAUUGUUGUUUUGAACAAUGAGUGUGGCUUCACCCCUGAGAAUAUCAGGGCCCUCUGUGAUGUUGGUCGAUCAACAAAGAAAGGAUCUACCGGAUACAUAGGAAAGAAAGGCAUUGGCUUCAAGUCUGUGUUUCGGGUUUCUGAUGCACCUGAGAUCCAUUCCAAUGGUUUUCAUUUCAAAUUCGACAUAAGUGAGGGUCAGAUUGGAUAUAUUUUGCCCACUGUAGUUCCUCCAUAUGACGUUGACUCGCUCAAUAGGAUGUUAUCUGGCCAUGCUUUACAGCUGAAGGAUGCAAGAUGGAACACUUGCGUUGCACUUCCUUUCAGAUCUGUCAUUACUGAAAGUUCGUUAGUCAAUAACGUUGAGCCCAUGUUUUCAGAUCUUCAUCCUUCUUUAUUACUUUUCCUUCAUCGGCUCCAGUGUAUAGUCUACAGGAACAUGAUUGAUGAUUCAUUCCUGGUCAUGAGGAAAGAGGUUGUGAGUGAGAACAUCAUAAAGGUUUCGUGUGGGGAGAAUAGUUUGACAUGGUUUGUGGAAUCUGAAAAACUAAAUGCUGCGAAUCUUCGUGCUGAUGUGCAGAAAACAGAGAUCGCGAUAGCAUUCAGGCUUGAUGAGCUAGAAGAUGGAACAUACAGAUCAUGUGUGAUUCAAGAACCUAUUUUUGCUUAUCUUCCUUUAAGAACAUAUGGUUUGAAAUUUAUUCUUCAAGGUGAUUUUAUUCUUACAUCAUCAAGGGAGGAUGUCGAUGAGGAUAGCCCUUGGAACCAAUGGCUGUUGUCAGAAUUACCUGGUUUAUUUGUGGGUGCUCUGAGGUCCUUCUGCAGUCUUCCUUCUUUCAGAGAGAAUCUGGGUAAAGCUGUGUCCACGUACAUGGAGCUUGUACCACUUGCUGGUGAAGUGCAUGGUUUUUUUUCUUGUCUCACUCGAACUAUCAUAUCCAGAUUGAGAACAACGAACUGUUUGCUGCUUGAAGGAGACAACGAUCAUUGGGUUCCCCCUUGCAAGGUCUUAAGAGGCUGGAAUGAAAAUGCAAGGGUUCUUCUGAAGGAUUGUUUGCUUCAGGAGCAUCUUGGUCUUGGGUUUUUGGACAAAGAUAUAGUUGUGUCAGAUUCCUUGUCAAGGGCACUGGGCAUCGAAGAUUAUGGCCCUAAACUUUUAGUUCAGAUUCUGUCUUCCGUGAGUCACAAGAAAGGUGGACUACGAUCAAUGGGCCUUCCUUGGUUAUCGUCUUUUUUAACUGAACUCCAUAGCUUGUUAUUCCAUCCUUCUGGGCUUGGUAAUUUAGAGUCGGGCGUGGAUAGGAAUCUUAUGGAUAGCCUUCGAAAAAUCCCAUUUAUACCCCUGUCAGAUGGUAUAUUCACCUCAUUGGACGAGGGUGCAAUAUGGUUGCCCCAUGAUGCCACCGGGUUUGAUGGUGGCGAUGGUUUUGAGGCUUUCCCUAUGUUAUAUUCAAAUCUCCGAACUGUAGACCAUUCCCUUCUUUUGGCGUCUUCUGGUGAUAAUUCUGCAGUGGAUAAUCUUGUGAAGAUGCUUUUUGCAGUUGGUGUCCAGAGGAUGUCAGCUCAUGAAAUCAUCAAAGUAUACAUACUACCAGCCUUUGAGGAUAGGAGUACAGAUACAGCUGACGCUUUGAUGGUGGAUUAUUUAUGCUUUGUGAUGACACAUCUGCAAUCUGGCUGCCAUGAUUGUCACAAUGAAAGAAAUUACAUUAUUUCUGAGUUACGAAAUAAAGCGUUGAUACGGACAAAUUACGGAUUCAGACGGCCAAGUGAGGCGUUGAUUCAUUUUGGCGAGGAAUUCGGGAACCAGGUUAACAUAAAGAGGCUUACAAAAGGUUUAGAUAUGUUGUGGCAUGAGGUUGACAGUGGCUAUUUGAAGCAUCCAGCAUUGAGAUCUGAUGAUUCUGGGUUGAAGAAAUGGAGGGAAUUUUUCCAAGAAAUUGGUAUAACCGAUUUCGUACAAGUGGUUAGUGUUGAAAAGAGCAUUGCUGAAUUGUUUCCUGCUUUAAAUGGUGGAAAACAAGAUACAAUCUCAUCAACUCCAGAAUUAGCUGUUAGAGACUGGGAAUCUCCUGAACUAGUUGACCUAUUGUCUCUCUUGCACAAAAGUAACAACCAUGAAGGUUGCAAGUAUCUUCUGGAAGUUCUUGAUACGCUCUGGGAUGAUUGCUACCAUGACAAAACUACCGUUAACUCUAAUUUAGUAGCCAGUGGUCUUAUCGGAUCAUCAAAGUCUUCAUUUAUGAGAAUUAUUUGUGAUACUCAGUGGGUAGUUUCAAGCAUGAACAGUGGGCUUCAUCGUCCAAAAGAUCUCUUUCAUGACUGCGAUGAAGUACGGUCAAUGCUUGGCAUGACAGCCCCUUAUGCAGUUCCAAAGGUGACAAGUACCAAGUUGUUGAAUGACAUUGGAUUCAAGACUAAAGUCUGUCUUGAUGAUGCUCUUGAAAUCCUCGGAGCUUGGGUUCAGUUCGGUAACCCUUUCAAAGCCAGGAUAUCUCAAAUGACAAGAUUUUACAAAUUUAUGUGGAAUGAAAUGGCUGAAUCAAAACAGAAAAUCGCAGAGAAGUUCUGUGAUGUUCCAUCCAUAUUUGUUCCGCAUGAAAAUGGCAGUCGGCAGAGUGAUUUGAUUUCUGGAACGUUUUUGCCACUUAAAGACGUGUUCUGGAAAGAUUCCGCUGCCAUUUUCGACGAGAUAAAACAGAUCGAUCCUCAGAUUAGCACUGUUGUGGACACAUUCGACAGGAAAACAUUGUGCAAUAUUUAUCCGGCCCUCCAUGAUUUUUUUGUGAAUGGGUGUGGAGUACCAGAGACACCAUCUUUUCAUGAACAUCUCAAAAUUCUGGAGCAGUUGGCACAGAAUGUGUCACCUUCAUCUGCUGCAAAGACCGUCUUCAAAAUUUUCCGGAAGUGGAGCGAUGAUCUGAAAUCCGAAAAAAUUUCUGAAGACAUUUGUCAGUUCAGAGAAAAACUUCAGCAACUUGACUUCACGGUUCUUCCUACGGAAAAAGAUAAAUGGGUUUCCUUGCAUUCCUCGUUCAGUCUCGUGUGCUGGUGUGAUGAUGAGAAGUUAAAGAAGAGAUUUAAGAACAAGGAUAAGAUUCAGUUCUUAUACUUUGGGGAACUUUCCGACGAAGAGCAGCAAAUGAUUCAAACCAAUGUGUCCACACUAUUGGACAGCUUGGGCAUUCCAAGUAUUUCUAAGGUGGUAAAACGUGAAGCCAAAUACGAAGGUUUGCGAGAUAGCGGCCGAAUGGAUUCACUUGUGAACUGGGCUCUGCCGUAUGCACAACGCUAUUUCUACACGCUGCAUCAUGAGAAGUAUGUCCAUGACGAGAAGUCAGUUUAUCAUCGAAUAAAGCAUCUAAAAGUCUUUGUUGUCGAAAAGUUGUGCUUCAAGAAUGUCAUUCCGGAAUAUGGCAUCAGCUCUAAGAAGGAUUCGACUUGCAACUGUCUUCUGCAGGAUAAUGCUCUGUACACAACACCAGAUGUGGAUUCACAUUCCUUGUUCAUGGAACUUUCCUGUUUGUUCUUCGACGGUGCUCCUGAUCUGCAUGUGGCGAAUUUCCUUCACAUGAUUAAAACAAUGGCGGAAUCGGGUCUGAGCGAGGAUCAAAUGGAAUCAUUCAUUGUCAACAGCCAAAAGGUUCAGAAGAUUCCCGAGGGUGAAAGGGUCUGGAGCCUCAAAUCUUCUUGUAGAGCCAAGAAGAAAUCUGGAAAAACAAGCUGGCUAACUGCGACAUGCAAAACAGGACAGGGCUCUGAAGAGUUUGUACACAAUCAGGUAGAAGAGGAGCGGAACAACGUAACGGAUGUUCCUGAGGCAAUCGAGGAAGGGUUUCCGAUUCAGAUCAUGGAUUCAAGCUUGGCCACUGCAGACAACGGUUAUUCAGACAUGACUUUACGAGCUGUUGAGUCAAGAACAUCGGCUAUUCCUCUAAACCCUAACCCUGAAUUCAACGAGAGGGAUCAGCUUCAAACCGGAACACCAUGGGGAGUACAGGCACAGCAGACAGGGAGACUGGGUGAAGCCAUUGCUUACAGAUACUUUGCAGAAUCUAAGGCGGCUAUGGUGAAAUGGGUUAACGAACACAACGAAACAGGGUUACCAUAUGACAUUGUCGUCGAGGAACAAGGUGGGAGGAAGGAGUACGUCGAGGUAAAAGCGACGAUAUCUGCUCGUAAGGAUUGGUUCAAUCUGUCGGUGAGGGAAUGGCAGUUUGCGUACGAGAAAGGGGAAAGUUAUGUGAUAGCGCAUGUUUUGGUUGGAAACGAAAACGCCAUUCUUACACAGCAUAGGAAUCCAGUGAAGCUAUGCCAAGAAGGGAAACUGAGGUUGUUGAUUCUGAUGCCAAAGCAGUGAAGGUAGAGAGGUCUGUCUCCUGUUGUCUCCAUGAGAGGAAAUCCAUGCAAUUUCAGACAAAUGCAUCAAUGGGGAUUUUGCUUGAGGAAACUUUGGCAGGCGUUAUCUACAGCGCUCUUUCUUUUUUCUUUUUCUUCUCGUGUUUUAAUUAUUUAAUGGGGUAAUCAAUUUGAAUAAUUUGAUUAACUUAAACAAAUACAAACUGAAUCUAUUUUUUAAAAACCUAUAAA